AUGUGGACGCCGUCUACGAAGCCUAGCCGGCAAAAUUCCCGCAAUGCUUCCAUCUAUUCCAUUGUUUCCUUCCAGUCGAACAACGGCCGACCGUUGUCCAUUGCGUCAUCCCAACUACAGAAAUCACCCCAGAUAUCGAGUUCGCCUGAGAUGCCGGGCUCACCACGAUCAGUUCUGUCGUUAUUGUCGCCCCAGCUAUCACCCGUGGCGCAGCGUGCCCCAACAAUGCAAUAUACCGCUCCAGUACAGGUUGCAACUCCGACCCAAAUCGCUACCCCAACACAGCAUGCAACUCCAACACAGCCUCCUCCCCGGUUCCAGGCUCCUCCUCCUCCUCCUAUUCAAACCCUCGAUGACGACAACUUCUCCGACCUCGGUUCAGACGAUGACGACACAUUCAUUCAGUCAGCGCCGCCUGUAUGGCAUGCACCGCCAUCAGCACCGCAGCCAAUUAUGAACGUAGCCCCACCAAAGUUGGACAGUAAGGUCGAGCAUAUUGCAAAACUGGCACCUCCGAUCACGAACAUUCCCUACCAAUCUCCACGCACUUACGUAGAGCGGCCGAUAGACGAUGACGCGACAUCACGGUCAUCCACGCUGGACGGCGAUGAAGAUGAUAUCCCAUACCCAGUGAAGGCACCAAUGUCCCAAAUAUCCCAUUCCGCCAUCAAGAUGAGCCAAACGGGUCGGGAGCCAACAUCGCCUAACCCAGCACCACAUGUUCCGGGACCUCUGGAAUCACAACUCGCCGCCUUGAUGUCCAAGCUCAUCUACAUCGAGCAGGAGAACUCUGCGAUAUCUGUCAACCCUGAAGAGUACAAGGAAACCAUGUCACGUCUUAAGGCGUUAGAAGACGAGAAGAAGAUCUGGUGGAAACGGCACGAGGCUAUCUGGAGCCUCCGUGACGAGGAUGUGGAGAACAACAUCAAGAUUCGCGGAUUGCUUGCAAGCUGUCGCCGCGAGUUGGACGCGACAAAGAAGCUACGGGACGAGGAUCUACAAAACGUCCAGAUUGUACGAUCCAAGCUUGCGGAGAAGACGAGAGAGUUGGAGCGGUUUCAGGCGCAAACCGGACGUUCUAGCCCAAGCCGGGGACGCCCAGGAAGUGUCUUUGAGCGACGUGACACAUCGGACCUCUUCACAGCAGCCAAGGUUGCAGCUCUUGAGCAGCGCGCUCUGGAACUGGAGCGGAGAAACUCUGACCUCGUGGCACAACUGGAGAUAUCGAAGGCUGGUGGCAGCAUCGAUGACCUAAACCGCGUAACAACACAAGCGUGGACAGCCUCGGGCGGCGGAAAUGGACUGAGAAUCAGAACCGACGACAGCGAAUUCGAGCGGAUACCGGCUGGUGCCUCAUCGGAGAGUCUGACGGGCUGGCAGCGAAUCGAGGCGCUGCUCGAGGAACAUAUGAGCUACCGCGAGGGCGUCGGAGGCAGGAUGCAGGCUCUUCGAUCCGAAAAGGAAGUACUACUGAGAGAUCUCCACCGCAAGGAGAACGAGUGCCAAACACUGGAGCUCAAGUUACAGCUGCUACAGCGACGGACGGGUAUCAUAGUUUAA